AUGUUAUCCGCUAUAUCAAGAAGUCUGCAGUUUGUAUUUGGUGCUUUAUUACCGAUUCAAAUAACAUUAGAGGUCAUAUACUUAUCUAAGGACUGGCCAAUACCUAUGCUUGAAACUGCUUCAUAUACUUUACAACAACAAAGAGAAAAAUUGUCACUACAACUUUUAUUACUAAAAUAUUGGACUAUAUAUGGAUUAAUAUAUUUAGUAUUACCUAAUUCACCAUUCUAUUUCAUAUUCCAUUUUGUUCCGUUUGAAUCUAUCGUAUUAUCAGUACUACAAUUAAUUAGUUUAAAUGAAAUAUUAAACCAGUUUAGCAAAUUUAUUGAAGAACAAGACAAAAUUAUUGCUUUUUUACAGAAUUUGGAUGAUCCAACAAAAAGUAAAUUUUCAAUCUUAUCAAAUAUUAUAUUCACUACAAUCAAUUUAAAUAAUAAAGAAUAUAUUGCCACCACUUUCCUGUUUGGAGACUAUACAAAACUAUUAAUAACAUAUGCAAGAACUGUGCUGUUACCGAAGACUAAUUAUAUUAAUAUUGUAUUUGAUUCAAUCAUUCAAGUUAUUACAAUAGUGAAAUUAUACAUACAAAGGGAACAACAGAAUUAUGAAAAGUUCAAUAAAUAUAAAUGGGACAACACUAGGACCAGGAGUGAUAGUUACAGAUAUAACGAAAACAGUAAUACUUCUAAAGAUGACUGGGCAAAUAUGAAUGCUAACAAUGAUGAAGCUACUUCAGGUGAAACAUUUCAAGAAACUUUAAAUAGAUUUUGGACUGCAUUUAAACAAGAAUACAAUAGAACAACUGCAAGUUCUCAAACACAAACCAAUAAUUCACCAUCACCAUCACAAACAUCAUCAUCUGCAACUACUUCUGGUACACAGUUUAAUGAACAACAAACUUAUGGCAGUAGGAAGAAUGCCACCCCUGAUGAUUAUGAAAUUAUUGAUAAUGAUCUUGAUUAG